UCUUAUUAUUUUUUGAAUGUUAUCUCGAAUCGAUACUUCCUGAAAAGAGAGGCCUUUUACUGAUGGCCUUCUUUUUUUUUCUCCCCCUUUUACAACAACUGCGCAUUAAUAAUCUUCUAUUUACGGAACUUUCUGAAAAAAAGGUGUUACCUGCUCUCGAUUUAUGGUGUGAAGCGAUAAAUUUGUAUUUCAUUAUUUUCUUCGGUUUCGCUAUUUUAAACCUUGCGCAAGUGCGAGCUUUGUUGAAUAUUCCUGGGAAAACGCGCACACUCGAAUCUGACGGCCAUCCCGGAGUUGCAUUUUUAUAUCUGAAAAACAUAGCGAGCUCUGUAGUUAUUAUUCCCAAGAUAGAAAAACACUAGACUUUUAAAUUCUUUUUUUUUAGAAAAGCGAUUUGAGAAAAGAAAAAAAUUCAAUUCAAAAAAUCUCAGGGGAAAAUUUUUUAAAGAGGAAUUAUUAUUUUUCUUUAGAGACAGAGAGAAAGAGAGAGAGAGAGAGCAGCGGUGAACUAUAGUGCUCGUGAUGAAAAUCUUUAGAUGAGAUGAAAUUUUAGAAUUCGUUUUUUUACACUGGAAUCAUUUAUUUUUAAAUCAAUUUCUCUUUUAGGAUUUUGUAUAUUAUUUUCAAGGCUCAUCCAGUUUAGAUAGAAAAAUAGUCAGAGCGAUGGUUUUGAUACGGACGGAAAACUAUAUUUUCAAAGAAAAAAGUUUGAAAAUCCAAUCAACUGCGAAAGAGGAAAGAAGUAUUUACUCCAUCUUCCAUGAAUUCAUUCAGUUUAAUGACAUCGAAUCUAUAACAUAUCCUGGAAGGUUGGAGUUAAAAGAUCGUGAAACCCAUUAAGGAAGCUUACAGGACACUUGACCGAGUUAGAGAGAUCCAUUCAAACUUCCAGUUGUUUCAAAGAUGAGUUAAAACCGUUUCGUUAAGAAGCUUUAAAAGUAAAUAUGUUCGGACUUUUUUGAAAAGCAAAAAAGAAAAAAAAAGGUUCCCAAAAAAAAUAGCGAAAAGAAAUGAGUAAACUUAACCGACAAAAGGGAAGAUAGCGUAAGGAGAAUUUUUUCCUCUCCCCACCUUAUAUAUACUCUUUUUAAAAAGAGUGCGGAGAGGAAAUGGAACACUUUGAAAUUGAUGUCCGAAAAAAGGAAGCAGAAUGGACAAAAGAUUCGAAAAACGAAUCUCAUGGCGAGAUAAAGAAUGGGAAUGAUGCGGGCGAAUUGAAUGUGGAAGAAUGUAAUAAAGAGGAAAAUGCCGAAAGCUCCGAAAGCGAUGCGGAAACGGAACCAGCCCGUAGUUUUCAUCGCAAGCUCAGUACCAACAAAGAGAUCAAAGACCCGAUCAGUUGCACGAAGGAAGGAUAUCUCAUGAAGCAGACCUGGACUUUUCAACGAUGGAAGAGAAGAUACUUUAAAUUGAAGGGAAGAACCUUGUACUAUGCAAAGAGCAACGAGUAAUUACCAAAGUAAAUUACUCAAUUUGUACUGAUGCGCGUCAUCGAAAUCAUGCCUUUGUCGUGUAUGGAGCAUGCAUGUCUGACCAAAGCAAUUCGUAACUACUUGCU